AUGGCAGCAACCACAAACCCCCUCCACGGGACGCAGAACUCGUCCGACCUCCCCGUCUCCUCCCGCACCAUCACAAUCGCCGGCAUCCUGGUCGACGUCCAUGGCCUCGACCAACUCCCUCCUUCCCCAUCGUCAGUCGCCUGCCUAUGGCUUCUCAACCCGCGAUUGCAGACCAAAGAGACCAUGGCUCCCAUAGCCAGACGCGUCAUCUCGACCUGGAACCAGCGCAUACAAGACGGCCGGGCCGGCAAGAACCCCAAGGGUUUAAUCGCUGCUGCGUUCGAUCAACGUAAUCAUGGAUCGCGCAAGGUGGACGAUUUGCACAAUCAAGCCUGGAGGGAAGGAAACGAGACGCAUGCCCAAGACAUGUUUGGAUGCUUCCACGGCACCGCGACCGACACCUCUCAGCUCAUCAACCAUCUCGAAUCCUACAUCUUCACCGCCAAGGAUAGUCCCAAGAUCGAACAACACUUUGCCCUUGGAAUCUCGUUGGGCGGACACGCGACAUGGCAUUGCUUGCUAGGUGACCCCCGCAUCACCGCUGGCGUAGUCGGUAUCGGUUGUCCAGACUAUACGCGCUUGCUGACUGACCGCGCCCGCCUAUCCAAGCGAAAGACAUACACGGAGACGACACCACCUGGAAGCGCAUUCCUCGGAUCCCCCGACUUCCCACAAGCGCUGCAGGACGCCAUCGCCCAGUAUGAUCCUGCCGGUCUACUGCUACCGGGCAUGUUCAAUCCUCUAGGAAACGACACAUUACCCGAUCAAGAGCAGCUAUCUAGGAUGAAGGCGCUGAUGAAGGAGAGACUUCAAGGCAAGCGCAUUCUGAACCUCAGUGGACAGGCAGAUAAGCUUGUUCCCUACUCGGCUGGUGAGCCGUUCUACAAGAUCUUCAAACAGGUACUAGCAGAAGACCCAAGUCUUGACAUCACCUUCGACGACGUGUUGUUCGAGGGCGUAGAACACGCUUUUCCUAAACCUAUGGCAGACAAAGCAGCGGACUGGCUGUGUGACAUUUUGGCCACGGACGAUGGACCAAUGUCAAGUAAAAUAUAG